AACGACCAAUCACAAAAUGCUCUGGCUGGGUGGCCUCACCAGGAAGCCUGAAGAACUCCGCCCCGCCCCUUGUUUCCCAUAAGCCGAGUUCCCAAGGAAACACAGGAAGUGACGCAUACCCGCACUUCCCAUGGCCGCCGCUCCAGCUUGAGCUGCCUGUGGAAGCCGAGGGCGGAACUGGCGGAAGUGACAUUAUCAACGCGCGCCGGGAGUUCUGUAGGGUCGGGAAGGGUCGCCGUGGCGGGCGCCUGGGCCGCUUGCUGCUUCACUUCGUUUUCGCGGGCCGGUAGCGGUCUCAGUAGUGACUCCAGACUCUUUUCAAAGCAGCGUUGCUGUUUCUUGGUGUGCAUGAAGAUCACCCAGAGAGGUGAGGACGUCGCUGAGAAGAGUGUGCUGGUGUGCUCUAGGAAAAGACUGAAUGCUGAGGUGGUUUCCAGUCCAGAAGUUUUGGAUUUGCCAAGAGGAAAGUGAACACCAUGGAUCAGAACAACAGCCUCCCACCUUAUGCUCAGGGCUUGGCCUCCCCUCAGGGUGCUAUGACUCCUGGGAUUCCUAUCUUUAGUCCAAUGAUGCCUUAUGGCACAGGACUGACUCCGCAGCCUAUUCAGAACACCAACAGCCUGUCCAUCUUGGAGGAGCAGCAGCGGCAGCAGCAGCAGCAGCAGCAGCAGCAGCAGCAGCAGCAGCAGCAGCAGCAGCAGGCGGUGGCCACCGUCCAGCAGUCGCCAUCCCAGCAGGCAGCGCAGGGGGCCUCCGGCCAGACCCCACAGCUCUUUCACUCACAGACUCUUACGACGGCACCCUUGCCAGGCACCACGCCCCUGUAUCCCUCCCCUAUGACGCCCAUGACCCCCAUCACCCCCGCCACGCCAGCCUCGGAGAGCUCUGGGAUCGUGCCGCAGCUGCAAAAUAUCGUAUCCACAGUGAAUCUUGGUUGUAAACUUGACCUAAAGACCAUUGCACUUCGUGCCCGAAAUGCUGAAUACAAUCCGAAGCGGUUUGCUGCUGUAAUCAUGAGAAUACGAGAGCCCCGGACCACGGCGCUGAUAUUCAGUUCUGGGAAGAUGGUGUGCACGGGAGCCAAGAGUGAAGAACAGUCCAGACUAGCAGCAAGAAAAUAUGCCAGAGUUGUCCAGAAGUUGGGUUUUCCAGCUAAGUUCUUAGACUUCAAGAUUCAGAACAUGGUGGGGAGCUGUGAUGUCAAAUUCCCUAUUAGGUUAGAAGGCCUUGUGCUCACCCACCAACAGUUCAGUAGUUAUGAGCCGGAGUUAUUUCCUGGUUUAAUCUACAGGAUGAUCAAACCGAGAAUUGUUCUCCUUAUUUUUGUUUCUGGAAAAGUCGUAUUAACAGGUGCUAAAGUCAGAGCGGAAAUCUAUGAAGCGUUUGAGAACAUUUACCCUAUUCUAAAGGGUUUCAGGAAGACGACGUAAUGCCUGUUGUGUACUCCUGCCCCCCUCCCCAACUUGUUUUUUCUUAAAACAAAUCAGUUUGGUACAUUUAAAUAGUGGCGUUGUGGGCAGCGACAUGGUGAGGAUGAUGCUGCGUUGAGGGCUGCGGCACUAGGUGAGGCUCUUCUGCCGUGUACCCCGCAGGGAUGCCAGGACGCACAGAGAACACCGAAGCGUUGCUGUAAGUUGCUCGUACUGUGCUGCUAUCUGGGCAGCGCUGCCCAUUUAUUUAUACUUAGAUUGUAUACUUACUGCUGUUGACAAGUUGGUUUAAGGGACAAAACUUUAAGUGUUAAACCCACCUCAACAAUUGAUUGGACUAUUUUAUUUUGUUUAAUUUCUUCCCCAUAAACCACAGUUUUUAUAUUUCUACCAGAAAAGUAAAUAUCUUUUUUAAAAGUGUUGUUUUCUAAUUUGUAACUCCUCGGGGUUAUUUUUGUGCCAGACACAUUCCGCCUUUUCAGUAUUGCAGGACAGAGUAGAACUGUAUUAAUGCAAACAAAUGGCUGUACAUAUUUUUCUUCCUUCAGAGUACUCUGUACAAUAAAUGCUGUUUAUAAAAGUGUUAGAUUGAUGUUAUAAAUGAAACCUUGUAAGAUUCACGUGAUCAUACUGUUAAAGUUGUAUUUUAGAUA